CGCCUGCUGCCCCGGCUGCGGAGCCGGGAGAGCAGGCGAUGUGGCCGGGGCUCACACUCACCGAGGAGCCGGGGCGGAGAGGACUGGAUCGGUCUCAUUUUCUCUGUUAACGAGUUUUCAGUUAAAGUUCAGUGAAAGUCGAGUUUAGGUCGUUACAUUCAUCGAGUACGUCGCAGUUUCGACUAAAGUCGGUGACUGGAGUGCCGCUUUUCGUUAGUCUGGAUUAUUAUUUGGAGGCAUUUUUUUGUGGAUUUGGUGUUGGUCUCAUCCCAAAGUUGGACCGCUGUCAAAGCACUUUUUUAUCCCAGGUUUCUAGGUAUGCCUGUGGCCAUUAGCGUGUCUCCAGACAGGUAACCACCAGGUGUGUUGCUGCUGUCAUGGGCUCAACAUCCACUCGGUUGUUUCCUGUCACUGUGGUCACAGCUCUGGCUGUACUGGUCUCAGCUGAGGAGCAUGAAUGGCACUUUAAACCAGAUCAGUGUCGUUACGCCCUGGGGAUGGAGGCUGGCACCAUUCCAGACUCUGACAUCAGUGCCUCCAGCGCCUGGUCAGACUCCACUGAGGCCAAGCAUGGAAGGUUGAGCACCGGAGAGGGAGAUGGGGCCUGGUGUCCGCUUGGGCCGGUCUUUCCAAGUGGAUCAGAAUAUCUUCAGAUUGACUUGCACAAACUCCACUUCCUCGCUCUGGUUGGCACUCAAGGUCGCCAUGCCGACGGGCAUGGGCAGGAGUUUACCCGCAGCUAUCGACUCCGCUACUCCAGAGAUGGAGUGAAAUGGAUCACCUGGAAGGACCGCUGGGGGCAAGAAGUGGUGUCUGGCAAUACAAACACACAUGAGGUGGUGCUCAAAGACCUGGGCCCUCCCAUUGUGGCCCGCAUGGUCCGGUUCUACCCCCUCGCUGACAGAGUGAUGAGUGUUUGCCUUCGAGUGGAGCUCUAUGGUUGUGUGUGGAAUGAUGGGUUAAAAGCUUACACCUCCCCGGUGGGUCACGUCAUGAACUUGCCUGGCCUGCCCGUGUAUUUAAAUGACUCCAUCUACGACGGAAGCACAGAGCAAAGGAUGCAGUUCGGCGGCUUGGGUCAGCUUUGUGAUGGAGUGCUGGGUGGAGACGACUUUACACAAACCAAGGAAUUAAGGGUGUGGCCGGGGUAUGAUUAUGUCGGCUGGAGCCGGGAAGCCCUCGGUCAAGGCAGCGUGGAUAUUGAGUUCCAUUUUGAGAAACCUCGACUCUUCAUCAACAUGCAGGUUCACAGUAACAACCGACACACACAAGGUGUGCGAGUCUUCAGCAAAGUGGAGUGUCUUUUUAAGCUGGGCAUCCUGCUGCCCUGGUCCUCUCCUCCGCUCACUCUACCCGUACCGCUUGAAGAUCUCAAAGACCCCUCCUCACGACCCAUCUCCAUCCCACUCGGCCGCCGGCCCGCUCAGAUCCUCCUCUGCAAAUUCUAUUUUGCAGACCGCUGGCUGCUCAUCAGCGAGAUUUCCUUCCUCUCUGAGCCGUAUGAGGAGGAUACAGACGCCGAAUCAUUUUCCUACCAUCUCCCUAAGGAUCCUGGCACCACCUCUUCUGCUCCAGUUAAUGUUACCACUCCUGUUUUUACAUCAAGUUUCAGUUCUCCCAGCACCAAUACAAGGCCUUCUGAACCCCUCUCUUCCACCAACACCAGCUUCAUGAGGGACACCUCUGGUAACUGGACGGUGUCAGAAUCUGCAGCCGUUACUCCGAGGGCGGGGCUUCCUGUAGCCAAAGAUGACAGUAGUAACACGGCCAUUCUGAUUGGCUGUUUGGUGGGCAUCAUCCUUUUGCUGCUGGCUGUGAUCGCUGUCAUUCUUUGGCGGCAAUACUGGAAAAAGAUCUUGGGCAAGGCCCAGGGCAGUCUGUCCAGCGAUGAGCUCCGCGUUCACCUGUCAGUCCCCUCAGACAACGUGGUCAUCAACAACACGCACAGCUACUCAAGUCGUUACCAGCGCAUACACACUUUCCCAGACGACCGAGACCAGGACAGAGACGGAGAUGGGGAGUAUCAGGAACCCAGCGCUCUGCUGAGGCCACGAGAUCACAGAGACAGCACAGCCUUGCUGUUAAACAACCCAGCCUAUCACGUGCUCCUCCCAGAUCACAGAAAAGGCUCCCGAGCUUUAGUCGUCCCCAGCUCCACACGGGCUCAGGAAAAGAGCCUCAAUGUGCCCCAGGCUUGUGGUUUGGACCUGGACAUGGAGAAGGGCUUCCCACCAUCUCAGGAGGAGCCCCCUCCUUACCCCGGAUCCCCGCCAUACCCAUCUCUGUCUCCACCCGUUUCCCCACCCCUUCCUCCCAGUGUUCCACACUACGCUGAAGCAGACAUUGUGAGUUUGCAAGGUGUGAGCGGUAACAACACCUACGCAGUCCCUGCCUUAGCAUCCUCAAGCCCCGGGGCUGAUGCUGCCUCGUUGCCAGAGCUGCCUCGCCAGUGUCUUAUCUUUAAGGAGAAGCUUGGGGAGGGACAGUUUGGAGAGGUGCACUUGUGUGAAAUAGAGAACCCCCAGGACCUUCCCAGCCUGGAGUUCCCAUUUAAUGUGAGAAAAGGUCGCCCUCUUCUGGUGGCUGUGAAGAUACUGCGCCCAGAUGCCUCCAAGAAUGCCAGAAACGACUUCUUGAAAGAGGUGAAGAUCCUGUCUCGUCUGAAGGACCCCAACAUCAUCCAGCUGCUGGGGGUGUGUGUGAGCAGCGACCCACUCUGCAUGGUUACGGAGUACAUGGAGUGUGGAGACCUGAACCAGUACCUGUCCCAUCGAGUCCUGCUGGACAAAACCGGACCUUCUCACAACGCGCCAACCAUCAGUUACCCGGCCCUCAUCUCAAUCGCCAGCCAGAUUGCAUCAGGAAUGAAGUUCCUCUCUUCCCUGAACUUUGUGCAUCGGGACCUAGCCACCCGUAAUUGUUUGGUGGGGGGAGACCGAGGGGAGAAUGGAGAAGAUCGAGGUGGCGAACGGCAGAUCAAGAUAGCCGACUUUGGCAUGAGCAGAAACCUGUACGCCGGAGAUUACUACAGAAUCCAGGGCAGAGCCGUGCUGCCGAUCCGCUGGAUGGCCUGGGAGUGUAUUCUGAUGGGUAAGUUCACCACAGCCAGUGACGUGUGGGCGUUUGGGGUCACUCUGUGGGAGAUGCUGAGUGUUUGUCAGGAGCAACCGUACUCCAACCUGACAGAUGAACAAGUCAUCGACAAUGCCGGAGAGUUCUUCAGAGACCAGGGCAGACAGGUGUAUCUUGGGAAGCCGGCCGUGUGUCCGCAGGGUCUCUACGAGCUCAUGUUGAGCUGCUGGAACAGAGACUGCAAACUCCGCCCAUCGUUCGCCCACAUCCACUCCUUCCUUACCGAGGACGCCAUGAACAUGGUUUGAAGAGAAACACAGGAAAGGUGGAGGGUGCACUUACAGGGAAUGUGGGUACUUUUUUAUUUUACGCAAGUGGGGAUGAGACGCCGCUGGUUCGGUUUUUUUUCCCCCUACUUCAGACCCCCCCCCAAAA